UAUGGUGAUUUCUACCAAUCGCUUAAAGCGAAGCCUACGAUACUUACGUAGGCCUCGGUUAAAGCGGUUGAAUGAUCGUAAAUCCCCAUUCUAUCAAGGGCAAUGCUGUGCAUUGAAGCCUGGGGCGGCCAUAUUUUCGGAGCCAAAAUUUGUUUAAUUUUUCAUUUUCGUGAUUAUGCGAUCCUUAAGCAUUAUUGGACAAUGGUACAUUGUAGUGCACGAAAGUGAUAGCCAAAAAACACGAAAGUAUAUCCUUUCGCAGGUAAUUAUAGGUUUUCGGUGAAAUAAACAAAUGUGGGCUUCACUUUACGAUCAUUAUUAUCACUCCUCACUCUUUCCUUCUCUAAGGUUGGCCGCCUUAUAAUUUUCCCAUAUUCUUUCAUCUUUUCCCGUAUUACCGCCAUAUUUCUUCAGAGUUCUCCUUAUUUCCUCAUACUGCCCCAUAAGUCCUUCAUAUUACCCCCAACUUUUGACUAUAUUGCCUUAUUGGUUUCUUCCUCGAUUUUACAUUAUUCAAAAUAAAUCUUUUCGGGGCGUGUAUUAUGCGUUCAAAUUCGUCAUGUUAAAUUGGCGAUGUUACAAGCUUUAAUGGUGGUUCGACGAAACAUAACAAAUAGCUUUUUCUGAGUAGGGACAAGUGUUUAUAAAAAUAAGAACCAUUUUCCAAGAAAGUGGUAAAAGGUCAAGGAUUUUGACCUUGCUAUUGUUUUGCACUGAAUCAUUCGAACGAAAUCGACCAAAAAUGUUUAAAUUCCUGUAAUUAUUACGUAUUUUAACGCAUAUUGUCGAUAUUGUAGUAGGCGUAGAAAUGGGGAGGGUAAACUUGCGCAUGCCGUAAAGUAAACGCCAAUUUGAUGAUAACGUACGUCGUAUAGUUGUAGGAAGAAGUUGAUCAGUAAAUCGAAACUGCUCACCGUCAUAGCAUUGUGUUUCUUUUUCUCGUUUCACAUGUUUUUUGUGUUUUAUAAAUGUAUUUUUUUUUAAAUAAUGUUGUUACCUUCGGCGUCUCCCGUCGUCUCUUUUCCACAAGAAUUAUACAAUAACGUAGCAAAAAUAAAAUUAUUUUCGGCCAACGGUUCACCCAUCAGUCCCCUAAGUCCCGUCAAAAAUACUGCUGUGGUACGAAAUAAAUUUUUACUUUGCGCUUGCGGUCUGAGCAAUGGUACAAAAGGUGGUAAAAAGGAAACGGCGAAAUGGUAUGUGAAGCAGCCCACAUGGCGACUUUGGGGCGAAGAGAAAACGGAGGGCGCAUUAUAUACAGUGUAUCUGAAGAAAGUACGUUAUCACCGCCCGACCAAAUCCUUAUCAUCAUCUUCAUACUCGGAUUCCGAUGAUGAAAUUUCACAUUUGGAAUGGGAAACUGUCAGAGUGCGUUUUGUUAAAGCGGGGACGCUUAAGAAACUCGUUGAAGCUCUAGCGACUGAUGAUGGAGAACUGGAAACCACAUAUAUCAAUGUAUUUUUAGCAACUUAUCGAAGUUUUUCUAAUCCUAAGGAGGUGUUGAAGUUGCUACUACAACGUUACGAAGAACUAUCAUCUCCAUCUGUUAAUGGUAAUUCUGAGAACCAUGACCAGCACCGAAAGACACUAAUUUCGGCAUUACACGUUUGGCUUGACAGUUAUCCUGAAGAUUUUAAAGAACCAACGCAUCAUUCGACUUUGAGGCAACUCCUACAGUUUUGUGAAGAAUAUUUACCUACCACCGAAUUAGAGGCAAAAGUUCGGCAUCGAUUGGAUAAGUACAGUCGGGAAACUUAUGCCGAAUCGCCACUGACACCUCCACCUGCAUUCGCGAUGAGAAGUGGUGGUAAUAUCAGUUGGAAGACCUAUCGUUUGCCCGAAGUACCUGUAAGGCACUUUGCCGAACAACUUACAAGGAUGGAUAUGGAAUUAUUUAAAAAGCUGGUACCACAUCAAUGUUUAGGAGCAAUAUGGUCUCGGCGAGAUAAAAGUAGAUCUCACGAAGCGGCAACAGUGUUGGCUACAGUAAACCAAUUUAACGCCGUGUCAUUUAGGGUAAUUUCUUCAAUUCUAGUCGAUCCUCAGUUAAAAGCGAAUGAACGAGCACAGAUCAUAGUGUGCUGGAUCGACAUAGCUCAAGAACUGAGAGUAUUAAAAAAUUUCUCGAGCCUUAAAGCAAUUAUAAGUGGCUUACAGAGUAAUCCUAUUUACAGAUUACAAAAAACCUGGCAGGCAAUAUCCAAGGAGAAAAUUGAAUUAUUUGACGAACUAGCGCGUAUAUUUAGUGAAGAUAAUAAUCAAUGGGCCCAAAGAGAGCUUCUAAUGCGUGAGGGAACUGCAAAAUUUGCAGAUACUGUAGGCGAAAAUGAUAAGCACCUGCAAAAAAUUUUUCAAAAGCAAAAUAAUCAUACUGCCAACAUAUCAUUUGGUACCAUUCCGUACCUAGGCACAUUUUUAACUGACCUAACCAUGAUCGAUACUGCCAUACCGGAUACAAUUGCCGAUGGACUUAUCAAUUUUGAUAAGCGAAGGAAGGAAUUCGAAGUGUUGGCUCAGAUAAAGCUGCUGCAGGGUGCUGCAAAUGCGUACCAAUUACCUGAAGAUGCGAUGUUUGACAGGUGGUUUGACUCUCUGCUGGUGUUGGAUGAUCGCGAAGCUUAUCAUUUAACGUAUCAAAUUGAGCCUUCGUCCAAUUCCACUAACACAAAUAAAGUGAAAAAGAAAACAACGGGUCACAAAAAGAACGAUUCGAUAGCGAGUAAUUCUAGUAGUAACAGUUCGCAGUUUUAUUGCGAUUUUGACAGCACGCCAAGCUCACCACAUAACAGCAUUGAUAGGAAAUUAAGCCCAUCGCAAAUGUCCAAUUCUAGUAGCAAUUCUUCACUACCGUCUUUGGAUGUUUCACUAAAUAGCUCUCAUUCGAGCGGUGCCAAUAACAAAUUACAGUUACCGUCGGUUAAUGCGGGAACAUUAAGUCCCAAUCAUUCACUGAAAAGCAGUCCCGAUUUUUAUAUUAUUAAAGUCACUUACGAAACUGAUUGUGUAGAAACAGACGGGAUCGUUUUAUAUAAAAGUAUUAUGCUAAGUAAUAAUGAACGAACACCUCAAGUUAUUAGAAAUGCCAUGUUAAAACUGUGCCUCGAGGGCAAUCCCGAUUCCUACACUUUAGCUCAAGUACUACCCGAUAAAGAAAUGGUAUUGCCAUCAAAUGCGAAUGUCUAUUACGCUGUGAACACUGCGUAUAAUCUUAAUUUUAUUUUACGACCAAAGCCAUCCGAAGAUCCCUUAAGUGCGGGGAAGCAUUCCAAAUCAAAAACUAAAUUGUAGACAAUAAUUAGGAAAUUUUCGCACUACUCUUUCAUACCUUUAUACUGUCCAUUAAUGUUAGUCGAUAAGUAUUUUAGGUAGAAAAAUUUUAUAUGGAACUCUAUACAGAAUAAGAAUGAUACAUCUCAUGACUAUGUUUCUCAAAUGGUUUGUCUACAGUUUAUGUUAUGGUGUUGUGUGUUAUUGUAAAUAGCACUAUGGUGCCCAGAGUGCACAAUUUUUCUUUUGUUACAUCUAAAUUUUGCAAACCUAUGGCAAUCCAGAAUUUUCGCUAUUUAUCUUUUAUAAAUAAAUAGUCGUGCAAGAUAACAUCUGUGAUAACGUGCACUAAUACUAGUACAUCACGUUUAGAUAUUAUUUAUUACUAUCGCUACUGUAUUUUAUUUAUAAGGUCUGAACUUCACAGUUCAUACAGGUGAGAUAUUUUACUAAAGUUCAUUUCCAUUGUAAAUUGAUAUUAAAUUACAGUGGAAUCAAUUCUUAACGCCUUAUAUUAGAUAUAACAUUCACAAAAAGUUUUCAUAGUACAAAAUAUAUUUAUGUCUACUUCCCUUGUUACUUUAAUAAAAGGCUGUAAUUAUUUUUA